AUGAGCGAAGAAGAACCCUCCUUAUCCCUAACCAUCCACCAUAGUGGCAAACCGCAUCCCAUCGCCCUCCCUUCCACCGCAACCCUCCAAGACCUCGCCUCCCUCCUCUCCUCCACCCUACACAUUCCCAUCGAAAACCAGAAACUCCUCAUCUCCCCGAAACCGGGACUCCAGAAACCCCCGUUCGCCGCCACCCGCCUCGACGCGCUGAUCCCGCUCGACUCGCCACGCCUCAAGAUCACCCUCCUCGGCACCCCAGCGCAGGACAUCGCCGAGCUGAACGCCCAAGGCGAAGCGACCCGUCGUCGCGACGAGGCGCGCACCGCCGCCCUCUCCGCCUCCCGCCAACAGCAACGCAAAGCCGCCGCCGCCAACGCAUCCCGAUCACGCAACGGCGGCAUCCACACCCUUUCUGGCGGUGGCAGCGACUCAUACACCUUCCACCGCCUCCUCCCCCUCUCCUACCUGCCCAACCCAUCCCGCUCACAACAAUUCCUCGCCCGCCUCCGCGACGACCCCGGCAUCCGCGCCGCCAUGACCAAACACCGCUUCUCCGUCCCUCUACUCACAGAAAUGGACCCGAUCGAGCACACGACGCGCGACUCGCGCACGCUAGGCCUCAACCGGAACAAAGGCGAGGUGAUCGAGCUGCGGCUCCGCACGGACGCGUACGACGGGUAUCGCGACUACCGGACGAUUCGGAAGACGUUGUGCCACGAGCUGGCGCAUUGCGUGUUCAGUGACCAUGAUCGGGAUUUCUGGGAUUUGACGGCGCAGAUUGAGCGGGAGGUUGAGAGGGCGGAUUGGAAGCAUGGGGGGAGGAGGGUUACCGAGGAGGACUUUUAUAAUCCCGGUGAUUGGCAGGAUAUGGAGGAUCGGGGGGAGGUGGUGGACGAGUGUGGGUGGACUGGGGGGGAGUUUGUGUUGGGUGGUGAAGGAGGGGAUAGUACUGCUGGUGGUGGCGGUAGUGGUAGUGCUGGGGGUGAUGUUGGUGGGAGUCGCAGUCGCAGGGAGAUGAUGGCUAGAGCGGCGGAGGAGAGGAUGAGAAAGGAGAGGGAGAAGGAUGCAUAG